GUAGCUCGGGCGUUGCUCUCAUCCCUACCGUCGUACGCCAUCCUUUUCGUAAGCCAGCGCCAUGACGAUUUCACUACUCUCUUUCAAUUCCAAGCUUAUUGUUCUCCUGCUCCUCGUGGCCAUCUCCAUGCCACUACUGGAGGAGGCUCGACCACUUGGUACACGCUGUUCAUACCACCACGAUGACCUUGGCAGCUCGGUGUUGCCGUUACCUCAGACAGCCAAGGGAUCCACGUCGGAUUCAGACGACGCCCCAACCCUCCUUGGUAACAGCGGAGACGCCUCGCCGUCGUCGCCGCCGGACGACGCGCUGCACCGGCUCUCUCGCCGGCCCAGUUUGAGCGGCGGCGCGGGGCCGCUCUCGGCUAGUGGGCCAGGAGUAGGCGGGACGCGCAGACCGUCUGCUCCCCCGCCGCCCCGUGGGCCGAAGCCGCCGCACUGGCGGAGUAGCGCGAAGGGCGGGCCCAGGCACAGGCCGCUGGUCGUUCUCGUUCAUGUGUCGGACGUGCUCCAGAGGGUGCUUGACUGGCUGUUACUACUACUUGGUAGCAGCUCCGGUGCGGUUCAUAUCUCGGAUGUUGUUCGAGGUGUGCAGUCGAACCAAAUGCAGUCAUGUUGAUAAACAGCGUGUCGAUGUACCAACCACCCAUGUCCAUGUUCAAAUAAAAAAAAAAGAUGUACCAACCACCCAACAAUCAAAAUGCACGGUAAGGCAGACAUGUUGAUGUAAGAGCGUCUCUGACAAUUUUCUAAAUGAUCUCGUUAUUCCUUAUUUAUUUGGCAAAACUAGAAAAUAGACACUCCAACAGUUUAGUAAAUAGGUUGUUAUCUUUUGGCAACUUGUCAUCCAACAACAUCGCACGUCUAUAUUUUGCAACUUGCCAUCCAAAGGAGCCUUCACGGCUGGAACGAACGAGCAGCAGGAAGAGCACUUCACGGCGGCUAAGCACGACCACCAGGAGCUUCAUGGGCAGGAUCACCACUUCACAGCGGCUACCAGGACAAAUUCGAUCCCGCGAUCAGGCGAAGAGUCAUGGCGCGGCCAAGCAAACAGUUGCGCACGGGAUGGAUGAAAGAAUAAAUUAGUUGAUCUGAUUGUUGAUAUUGUAGGCCUUCGUUUUAAGUUUAUACCAAGCUCAAUUGGUAAACUGUUGGAGACAGAAAAAAAAA